AUGGUUGAGCCGGCGGGUGAAGACACCAAACAACAUGAGAGAAAUAUUGAGACUUUUCAAGUCUGGAAGAAGAAAAAUAUUAUUGCUCGCAUAACGUUGCUGAGUAGUAUGGCUGAUGAUCUUAUGUGUGAGUUCAAAUCUUAUCCAACGGCCCAAGCCAUGUGGAUAGCACUGAAAGAUAAGUUUGGUGGCACUUCUGCUACAAAACUUAGGAGGUUGACCAUUAAGUUUGACACCUAUAGACUCCGCCCUAAUUCAUCAAUAAGACAACAUUUAAGAGAGAUAUCAAAUAUGAUACGAGAACUAAAAUCAGCUGGUCAUAAACUUUCUGAUGAACAAAAAGUGCAAGUUGUUAUAAGAUCUCUUCGUGCUAGUUGGGAAUAUAUGAAAAUUCAUAUGACCCACAAUGAAAGCAUCAAGUCUUUUGAAGACAUUGAGCACCAUCUUGUUCUUGAAGAUGAGCGUCGUGAGGCUUCUAAAGCAACUGAUCAAGCUUUUCUAGCUGAAUCUGCUGGGACUUCUAAUCCUAAGCAAAAGAACAAGAACAAGAAAGCAUGGAAGAAAAAGGGGUCUGAUAAGUCAAAUCAGAAGGAUAAAUCUCAAUUUAAGAAGAGAGGAAAACGUGGUGCUAAGAAGAUUGAUAUGGCCAAAGUGGAGUGUUAUUCUUGUCACUAG